AGAGGCAGAGACCGAGAGAGAAGGUGCCCACCGAACUGCAUAUCCGCCUAUUAUUGUGUAUUACACACAGAAAGAAACCGAAACGACUUUCCGUGUACUCGGUCUCUCCAGAUGUCCGUGAUUAACACCACAGCUAGCUCUCCGUGGACGUUUUGACCAGCUGUAACAGUGUUGAGUGUGCGGCAGGUGAAGAUGGGGACGAGGGGACCGGUGCUUGUGUUUCUAUCGCGGCUGUUCAUUGACGCUCUAAUGGCGCAGGAGUUGCCCACCAACGGCGUGAACGGAUUCAGUCUGCACCCACCGUAUUUUAAUCUAGCGGAGGGGACGAAAAUCACGGCCACGGCGACCUGCGGAGUGGACGAGAACGAGCAGCCGAUUCAAGACCUGUACUGCAAACUGGUCGGGGGCCCCGUGUCAGGGGACCCGAGUCAGACUAUUCAGGGCCAGUACUGUGACAUCUGCACCUCCAAAGACACUAACAGAGCGCAUCCCAUCAACAAUGCCAUCGAUGGCACCGAACGAUGGUGGCAAAGCCCUCCGCUCUCCCGCAGUGCAAAAUACAACACGGUCAACGUCACCCUGGACCUAGGACAGCUUUUCCAUGUUGCAUAUGUGCUCAUCAAAUUUGCCAACUCGCCCCGGCCGGACCUGUGGGUGCUGGAGCACUCCAUUGACUUUGGGAAAACAUACAAGCCAUGGCAGUUCUUCGCCUCCUCUAAGAGAGACUGUAUCGAGCGGUUUGGCCAGAGAACUAUCGAGAGGAUCAACCGUGAUGACGAUAUCAUCUGCACAACUGAGUACUCACGGAUUGUCCCUUUGGAGAAUGGAGAGAUUGUGGUGUCUCUGGUGAACGGACGUCCGGGCGCCAUGAACUUCUCUUACUCUCCAGUUCUGAGGGAGUUCACCAAGGCCACCAACAUCCGCCUGCGCUUCCUGCACACCAACACGCUGCUGGGUCACCUGAUGGGCAAAGCUCUGAGAGACCCCACGGUCACACGAAGAUAUUACUACAGUAUUAAAGACAUCAGUAUUGGAGGGAGAUGUGUGUGUAAUGGCCAUGCUGAGGCCUGUAAUGCCCAAGACCCCAAUGACCCAUACAAGCUUCAGUGUGACUGCCAGCACAACACUUGCGGGCCAUCAUGUGAUCGCUGUUGCCCCGGCUUCAACCAGUUUCCAUGGAAACCAGCCACGACUUACAGUGCCAAUGAAUGUGAACCAUGUAACUGCCACAGACACUCAUCAGAGUGCUACUAUGAUCCAGAGAUCGACCAGCGGAGAGCCAGUCUCAACAUGCAGGGACAACACAGGGGCGGAGGAGUGUGCAUUGAAUGCCAGCAUCACACCACAGGCUUCAACUGUGAGCGCUGCAUUCCUGGGUACUACAGAUCACCUGAUCAUCCUCUGGAGUCCCCAUUCGCCUGUUCAAAGUGUCAGUGUGAGUCUGAGUUCACUGAUGGCACAUGUGAGGAUCUGACCGGACGCUGUUACUGUAAACCCAGUUACACCGGCGAGAACUGUGACACGUGUGCGGAGGGCUACAAAGGCUUCCCUGAAUGCUACCAGGGGUACAUAAGUGGAGAGGCCAGACCUGCAGGGGAAAUCAUCAAUUGCGAGUGCAGUGCUGCAGGUACAGAAGGGAACUCCUGCAGGCCAGACCCUCGCACCAAUACAUGUGUGUGUAAACCUGAAUUCACUGGAGAACACUGUGACACCUGCGCUCCUGGUCACUUCGGCCUCGGUCACUCUUUCUGCAGUUUACAUCAUUACACCAUUUACAUCAUUACACCAGUAGGUGGCGUCAAGCGACUAUCUGGCUCCUGCGAGUGUCAGCCUCAUGUAGAGGGGGAGGCCUGUGAUCGCUGUAAGCCUCUCUACUGGAAUCUUUCUCCUGAUACAGACUAUGGAUGCUCAAGCUGUGACUGUAAUACAUUAGGAACUAUGAGUGAGGUUGCAGAGUGCACGCAGAGCACCGGCCAGUGUUACUGUAAACCUAACGUGUGCAGCGGCACAUGUAAUGUGUGCAAGGAUGGAUACUUCAGCCUUCAGAAGAACAACUACUUUGGGUGCCAAGGCUGCCAGUGUGACAUUGGAGGCUCUGUUGGGCAGGUGUGUGAUGAGAGGCACGGGCGGUGUCGAUGCAGAUCCAAUGUGGAGGGACCCAAAUGCAACCAACCCCGGCCAGAUCAUUACUUCCCAGACCUGCACCAUAUGAAGUUUGAGGUGGAGGAAGGCACCACUAUGGAUGGACGUCCAGUGAGGUUUGGUUACAAUCCUCUGGAGUUUGAGAGCUUCAGCUGGAGGGGAUAUGCCCAGAUGUCCCCCAUGCAGCCUCGGGUUCUGGUUGAGGUGGUGGUUGGCUCUCCAGACCUGUUUCAUGUGGUCUUGCACUAUAUGAACCGUGGGGGCGUGGACGUGAGGGGGCGGGUCUCUGUGAUCGAGGAUGGCAGACACUUCCUGUGUGAGAAUUGCUCUGAGCAGUCCAAACAGAUCGUAUUUGCACCCACUUCAGAACCCACAUUUGUGAACGUGCCUCAGAACAGUUUUGUGGAGCCAUUUGUCUUGAACCCAGGAACCUGGACUGUGAUUAUAGAGGCGGAGGGCAUUCUGCUGGACUACCUGGUGCUGUUGCCCAGUGCAUAUUACGAGGCUCCUAUCCUGCAACUUCAAGUGAUUGAACCCUGUUCAUACAGCAACACACAGGAUGCCAGUCAAAACUGUCUGCAGUACAUGUAUCUGUCUCUGGAUGAGUUCCCAUCCAUCUCCAGCAAUGAUGCCCAGUGCAGGGCUGAUAAUCACCUGCCCAGACCCUGCCACACUGAAAAGAUCACUCCUCGCCAUCCCAUCAUGGCCAUCUGCAGCGGCAAUGACAUGAAAGUUCAGCUGCGUGGUCGUGUUCCUGUUCCUGGAGAGUAUGUGUUGGUGGUCGAGUACGCCAGUGAAGACCAAUUCCCGCAAACGUUUAAAGUGUCUGUCAGCUCACUGGGUGAAACCACUCAUCGAGAGGAAAUAACACUGCUCCACUGCAAAUACAGUUUCCUGUGCCGUGCGGUGUCUGUAGAUGACAAGAAGCGCGUGGCGGUCUUUACUCUCUCCACAGAGGCUGAUAUCCAGCUUAGCACAGACAGAAGCAGUUUUUUCCUCCACAAAGUGUUCCUCAUCCCUCGCGCGCAGUUCACCAUGGAGUACCUGAAGCCCAGAGUUCACUGCAUCAGCAUACAUGGACACUUCUCUCCAGACAGUGGCUCCUGCAUCCCGUCUCGUUUCCAGAAUCCUCCUCAGUCUCUGGUCCUAAAAGAGGGUCAGGCUUCUUCUGUGCCGGGUUCGAUUAUAGCUUCAGCCCCUGAUCCCUCCCUGCAUGCAGCCAGGCCCAUGACCUCCAGACCGCCAACCGCUGCUGAUAACAGUGAACACAUGCUUCUGGACCCUAAUCAGAAUGCUGUAACGUAUUCAACACGUGUACAUGCGCUGGGCCGUUAUGUGUUCAUCCUGCAUUACCAUCAGCCCCUGCACCCAACUUACAACGUCCAGGUCCACAUCAAUGGAGGACGCAUAUGGCAGGGCCACGUCAACGCAUCCUUUUGUCCCCAUGGUUACGGUUGUCGUGGUGUGGUCAUGUCAGAGAACCAGAUUAUCCUGGACGUGACGGACUAUGAGGUCAUCCUGACCCUGCGUGUUCCAGACAGGAAGACAUUGUGGCUGGACUAUGUGCUGGUGGUGCCAGAGAGCACUUACAGCUCCAGCUUUUUGACUGGGGAGCCACUGGACAAAUCUUACGACUUUAUCAGCAACUGUGGACAAAACAGCUUUUACAUCAACCCGUCCACAGCGUCUCCAUUCUGUCGUAACUCCACCAUGUCUCUGUCUGCGUUCUUCAAUAACGGCGCUGUGCCCUGCGGCUGUCAUGAGGUGGGUGCAGAGAGCGAUACGUGCGAGACCUUCGGAGGACAGUGCAAGUGCAGACCCAACGUGAUUGGCCGAGACUGUUCCCAGUGUGCCACGGGAUACUACGGCUUCCCCAACUGUAGACCAUGUAACUGUGGCACUCGUCUGUGUGAGCCUGUGACGGGUGAGUGCAUCUGUCCUCCAAGGACCCUGCAGCCCGACUGUGUCACCUGUGAACCCCAGACGUUUGGCUGCCAUCCUCUGGUGGGGUGUGAGAUGUGCAACUGCUCCAGGCCUGGAGUGGCUUCACUGGAAAUCGGCUGUGACACACACAACGGCCAGUGCAGGUGCAGGAACAACGUUGUUGGCCGUCAGUGUGACAGGUGUGCCCCAGGUUUCUAUGGAUACCCCAACUGCAGACCAUGUGACUGCAGCGAGGCAGGAACUGAGAUUGAUGUCUGUGACUACAUCACCGGACGCUGUUUGUGCAAGGAAAAUGUGGAAGGCUCUCGCUGUGACCAGUGCAAACUGGGAACGUUCCAUUUGGACCCCACUAAUGCUAAAGGCUGCACCAAGUGCUUCUGCUUUGGAGCCACUGACCGCUGCCACAGCUCUGACAAACGGAGGAAUGAGUUCAUGGACAUGGCUGGCUGGGUGCUAUUGAGAAGUGACAGACAGGAAGUUCCUGUGUCCACGUAUCUCGAUCAAGAUCUGGUGGAGGCUGAUCUGAGUGAUGUACCUGAUGUCUCACAGGACCUUCACUGGCACGCUCCUCGCGCUUACCUCGGCGAUAAAGUGUCGUCGUACGGAGGCUACCUGCGCUACCGCUUGCAUACCCAGACGAUGAGAGGUGAUGCUUUUCUGAUCAUUGAGACCACACGGCCUGACGUUAUACUCAAGGGGAAUCAGAUGACUCUGGUGUACAUGGAAAGAGAGUAUUCCUCUCCUGAAGACCCUCAUGAGGGGAUCGUCCACCUGGUGGAGGACAGUUUCAGGCAUGCACAGACGGGAAACUCUGUGUCCCGUGAGGAGCUGAUGAUGGUGUUGGUGGCGCUGGAAUCACUGCAGAUCAGAGCGCUGCACUCUCAGUCUGCCCAGUCUGUGUCGCUGCGUGCUGCGGUGCUGGAGGGGGCCGACAACCUGCCCUCCGGUCGCCAUGCCAACAACGUUGAAAUUUGUCUCUGCCCAGGAUACUAUCUAGGAGACUCUUGUCAGAAAUGUGCUCCAGGAUACUACAGAGAUACUAAAGGGCUGUUUCUCGGGAAGUGUGUCCCCUGUAACUGUAACGGUCACUCUGACGAGUGUCUGGAUGGCUCUGGCAUAUGUCUGAACUGCCGCCACAAUACCGCUGGAAAUCAUUGUGAGCAGUGCCAGGGCGGCUUUCAUGGUAACAACAUUGUUGAUGGCCAUGCGGUGUCCUGCUCUAGCUGCCCCUGCCCUCUGCAAGUGGCUUCAAACAAUUUUGCCAUUCGCUGUGUGGAGAAGCCCAAUCAUAUGCAUUGUCUAUGUAGGCCUGGCUAUGCUGGAUCUAAGUGUGAAAGGUGUGCACCAGGUUACUAUGGAAACCCAAUGGUGAUUGGCAGCACAUGCCAGCCGUGCAACUGCAAUGGAAACUCAGACCCCAACAUGCUGUUCAACGACUGCCACCCUUUGACAGGCGAGUGUCAGAGCUGCAUGCACAACUCCGCCGGGCCGCACUGUGAAAUCUGUGCCCCGGGUUUCUACGGUGAUGCCAUCACUGCCAAGAAAUGCACCCGAUGCAACUGUUCUCCUUGUGGCACUGCACAUUGUGACCCUCACACGGGACAGUGCCACUGUAAGCCUGGUGUGGUGGGAGCCCACUGUGACCGCUGUGAGGAUGAGGCAUUUGGCUUUGAUUCCUGCGCUGGUUGCCAUAAGUGUGAUUGUGAUGCAGCAGCGGCAUUGAUUCAGCCAUGUGACCCUGUUAACGGCUCAUGUGCCUGUCAGCCUGGGGUUAAUGGACCGAACUGCCGCCAGUGUGCUCCAGGUUACUGGGGCUACAGCCCUAAUGGCUGCAAGAAGUGUGAGUGUAGAGGAGGCCGCUGUGACCCUCGCACAGGAGAGUGCCAUUGUGCAGCAGGUCUGACAGGGAAGCAGUGUGACACGUGUCUUUAUAAAUACAGCGUCCCUGUGCUUCAUGAAGCAGAUGUGCACUGUCAGCCCUGUGACAGCUGUGUGAUAGUGCUACUGGAGGAUCUGGACAAAGUAAACGAACGUUAUCAGUCCAUUGCCGAUCAGCUGACCAGCCUCAAUGCCAGCUCAAUGGCCUGGGCUCAACUAAACCGCCUCAACGCGUCCAUUCAGGACAUUGCUAAUGCCAUAAAAAACUACAACAGCACUUUGGACAAGAGCAGGAACCAGGCCAAUAUGCUGGAGGGAGAGCUGCAAAUCAUCGACUUGGAUAUUAAAGAGUUAGAGGAGAAGGCCUCAGUCACACAAAAGAAAGGCGAUGCUUUAGAGGACAACACUAACUCCACACACACUAGAGCACAAGACCUGCUUGGAUUCAUCAAAGGCAUCAUGGGAGAUGUGCAAGACAUUAUACUGCAGGUGAACCGGACAGCGCAGAACGAGACCAAGGUGAUCGAUGAAAAGGAGCUGGCUCGGAAUAUAGCAGAGGUGGAGUCCAUGCUCAGAGACAUGCGCUUCAGGGGCUUCGACCUCCAGAAGAAACUAGCAGAAAAGGAGCUGGACCAGGCCAACAAGUUGAUAGAUCGUGUGAAAAAUGAGAUUGCAAACCGGACACUGAAUAAUGAGGCUGUGGCAGAGAACAUCAGAAACAAACUGAACCAGUUCAAUCAGCAGCUGAUGGACCUGAGAGAUGCUAUGAAUGAUGCCGUCAAAAACACAGCAAACGCCGUAGAGGCCAACAAUAUUAACCAGAAACGCAUGGAGGAGUUGCAGAACAUAGUGAAUAACCUGCUUAAGAAGCAGAAGGAGGUGGAGAACCAGCUUCAAAUGGCAGAGGAUGAUGUGACCCAGGUCAACGAGCUGCUCUCCAUGCUUCAGGACUUCAAAGAGGAUUACGAACGUCUGGCUGCUCAGUUGGAUGGAGCGAGGCAGCCUCUAGCUGAGAAGGUGCAGAAAUACGCUCCUUCCGCCAAUAAAAUUCCCCUGGUGGAGGCUGCAGAGAAACACGCUGAAAUGCUGGACCAGCUCGCCAAUAAUCUUUCCAGUCUAAUAUCUGGCUCCAAUCAAGACGGUUUCAUACAGCGUGCUCUGAACGCAUCUCGCGCAUACACUAACAUUAUAAACAGCGUGCUGGAAGCUGAGACUGCAGCUAAGAAAGCCAAUGAAUCUGCUACUGAGGCUUUGGAGAACAUAAAGGACACAGACCUGCCCCUACACGCUGCUAAACUGAAAAAUCAGAGUAUUGAGCUUGUGAAGCAAGCAGAGGAACUGAAUAACAGCACUCAAAGUCUAAAGCCACGCUUGGACUCCAUACAAAAAAGUUUGCAGGAUGCUGAAAAGAAGAAAGAGAAAAUACUCCAAGACCUAAAGAACAUUCAAAAUAGCCUCAACGCCAGCCGAGAAGACAUAGCGAACGACAUCGCAGCAGCUAAGAGUGCGGUGGAGCAGGCUAACAACACGGUGGCUAAUGUUAGCAACGCACUGGCUCCAAUUCAGAAGCAGCUGGAGGAGUGGCAGAAGCAGUACGGAGACUCAAACGCCACCAGCGAUGAUAUCAACAGAGCUCUCAAUGAUGCCAAUACGUCAGUGGCGGCGCUGAGUGACACUCUUCCUCAGCUGAUGGAGAAGUUGGAUCGUCUACAGAACACCUCAUUUCAGCCGUCCAACAUCUCCGACAGCAUCCAGAGAAUCCGCCAGCUCAUUGAACAGGCUCGCAAUGCUGCCAACAAGGUGAGCGUGUCAAUGCAGUUUAAUGGUAACUCAGGAGUACAAGUGAGGAUGCCCAGUAAUGUAGCCGACCUGGCAGCAUAUUCAUCGCUACACAUGUACAUCAAGCUACCACGUGCCACACGUACACUACGCCAAACUACCACCAAUCCCCAGUUUGUCCUCUACCUUGGAAAAAAUGGCUCCAGUAAAGACUAUAUGGCAAUGAUGCUGGAAGGAUCAAAGCUGCGCUGGUACUUUAAUGUGGGAGGAGAUACAGCACAGGUGCUGAUGACUGAGAGCGUGAAUAAGGAUUACUUCAGCAAAGUUGUCCUGGAGAGGACUCUACAGUACGGUCAGAUGGCAAUGUCCCUAGAUUCAGAAGAAAUAAAUAUAGUUAAGCAAAGCAUGGAGGCAGGAGGAGAAAAAGGCCUGCUCAACUUACCAGCCAAAGAGACUGUGUUUUAUGUCGGAGCUUAUCCCACCGAUUUCACUCCUCCAAUGGAUCUGAACAUCACGUCUCCUAACUUCUUCAAGGGCUGCCUGGAGUUAUUAAGUCUAAAUGAAGAACUAGUCAGCCUCUAUAACUUUGAGCAAAACUUGCAAAUGAGCACCACAACUGACCUCCCUUGUUCACGGAAGAGGCCAGCAAAUACGCCCGAGUGGGGAGUUAACGGAGUGUAUUUUGAUGGUUCGGGCUAUGUUGAGGUUUUGUUCGAAACUCUGAAGGACGACCGUGUGUUUGAGCAGCAUGUCAAACUCAUCUCGCAAAACGGCAUUCUCCUGUUGUUCCAAAGACAGGAUAAGUAUGUGUGCGUAGCUGUGCAAGACGGUCUUCUUAAAGUCCUACAUAACCUUGAUGGACGGUUGUCCAACUUAACUGACCCACAACAAGAGUCAAAUAUUAAAAUCAGUAAUGCACAAGUGAAAUUUUUGGAUGUUAUCUUUCAACUUUCGAAAAAUGAAAUGCUAGUGAGGCUAGAUCGUCAGAAGAUCUACACGCUUUCCAGCAGAGAGCUCAGCUUCACAGGAAGAUAUUUCCUGGGCGGAGUGCCAGAGGAUCAGAUGCCCGAGAGUUUAAAGAGUGUGUUUCAUAAACACGGCUCCAUAAAGGGCUGCUUCAGGACCGUUAAGGCCAUGAAAAGCUUUGUUCAAAUGAAGACCAUGAAGAGUGCAGGGAUCAGCUAUGGCUGUCCAGAUGACCUGCUGUUUACCCGUGAGGCUCAUUUCACUGGUGAAGGUUACCUGAGCUUGAAAAUGGACAAUGUACUGGAUCAUCCAGACAACUUCUAUGCUGGAAUCGGCUUCAGGACAGAUCAGCAAAACGGGCUCAUGUUUUACCGGCAAGGCCAGAGUGAUGUGUGUCAGGUGGUCUUGUCAGGCGGUAAUGUAGUAGUCCGUGCUGGCAAUAAUGAAGUCACUUCUCAGAAGACGUAUAACGAUGACAACAGUCACUAUGUUGCAUUUUACCGCACAACAGAAGGGUUACGCGUUUAUAUAGACGAUGUUCUUGAGAGUGGAGGAGGAACUGGCAGUGCGGCCAACAUCAGCGCGGUGCUACAGCCUGGCAUUACUUAUGUGGGCGGCAUACCGGAGUCAGACGGCCUCACCGGCUGCCUCACUAACUUCUUCAUAAAGAGAAUUAAUGAACCCCAGACUGUUGAAGAUUUGAAAAAAGCUCAAGAGGGACGCAAAUACACAUUUGUUUGCCCCUCCUCUUCAGUCCCAUUGGAAAUACUGGACUCACCACGGAGAAAGAAUCCAAAGAAUAAGCCUCAUGGAAGCUGGAGAAGUCGAAUGGCACGUGAGUCCUGUCAGGGUGAGAUGUCCGCCCAGGAGGAAGACGCUCAUCAUUUCAGUGGCUCCUCCCACAGCCACCUGAGAUUUGAUUCGCUGCCUCAAGCGUUUAGCAAGGCGCCACACAUCUCUGUGGGUGUGCGUGUGAACUCCUCGAGUGGACUGAUUUUCCAUGUGGCGGGAGGGAAGAGCCAGAGGAUCAUGACGCUCUCUGUGUUUGAUGGCCAUCUGAUGCUGAUAGUCACCGGCGGAAAGAAGACCAGCAUACGCAGCAAAAAGAAAUACGACGACGGCCUGUGGCACAUGGUGUUUGUGCGAGUGGAGGCUGACCGGGCAUCUCUGACGGUGGAUGGCAUCGAGAUGCAGAGGAAGAGGGUGACGGGCGGAGGGAAGAGCGUGUUUGCUGCUCCUCUCUAUAUCGGUGGACUUCCCUCAGACCACAGUGCAGCUAUGGCUGGUUUCGUUGGCUGUGUGCGGGAUCUGAAGCUGAACGAGGUGCUGGCACAGAGCCCCUCUCACAGUGUGGGAGUGACACCCUGCUACCAGCAGCCCCUCCAGCCCGGGGUUUACUUCUCCAGUCAGGGAGGAUAUCUGACCAUCGACGAAUCGCUGGUGUUAGGCCGGGACCUCGAGAUCCUUUUGGAGGUCCGUCUGGUUUCAGACUCUGGGCUCCUGCUGCACACUGGAGUCAGAAAAACUCAACAGCUGAGUCUCUAUCUGAACCAGGGCCAGGUGACUGUGUUGGUGAACAGUGGCAGUGGAGAGUUCUCAGUCAGUCUCACACCAGAAGAGUCUCUCUGUGACGGAGGAUGGCACACUAUUGCAAUUGUGAAGAAGAGCAAUGUCAUCCAGCUACAUGUGGAUGCGGCGAGUGAACAUGGAGUGGGUCCCAAACAGAGCCGGUCGAACGGGGGCAAAGAGACUGUUUAUCUGGGCGGCGUGCCAGAUACUAUAGUGGUCCCAGGUCUCCCGUCCACCGUCCUCUCUUUCCACGGAUGUGUGAGGAAAACCGUACUGAACCACAGGCCUGUCAUGCUGUCAAAACCCCUGUCAGUGUCUGGAUCUGUGGGGACUCAGGGCUGCCCUGCCUUAUAGACCACAGCUGCAUUAACCCUACAUACACUCACACUAUCAAAUCAACAGGUGGUGGGUUUGCUUAGCGUUUAAUUUAAACCAGUAUUUAUGUUAUCUUCAUGACACCCGUGUAUGUAAUUUUAUUAAAAAGCACUGUAAGUGAUGAGACACCACUGAUAAACUAUAAUGUUCAGAACUGCAGGGACCAGCGGAAUAUAGAGAUGGAUUGGCACCAUAUUCAUAUCGUUCCAGGUUGUUUAAUUAGUACAUUUCAUUGAUACAAUCUUGACCAAACACCAUUAAAUG